AUACGGAGUACUUCAGUUGAAAGCAAACUGGAGCCGAUCUAAAUUUGCUCAAUUUUAAGCCGCCUAAAUCGGCCCGGUAGCUGCUUCACGGUUUUACGCUACUCCGGCGACCGUGGGAUUAUCUCCGGCGAACUUCCGUCGACUUACAACAUCGGCGAUCUGCAUUCACGGAGUGUCUCUGCUAGAUUCUAAGAAAAAUUCAAUAUGGGGGCUUCUGAAGAGAACAGCGCACUUUUUCCCAUCUUUGUCUUGACUUUAAUGGCUUUGCCAUUAGUUCCUUACACUAUAGUCAAUUUAUUUGGUGCUUUCAAGAAAAAGGCUGCCAAAAUCAACUGCCAGUGUUCGGUCUGCGUUCGGUCCGGGAAGUAUCACAAAUCCAUAUUCAGGCGGAUUUCAAACUUCUCAACAUACAGUAAUCUGACCCUCGUACUUCUGUGGGUCGUCAUGGCUGUUCUAGUUUAUUACAUCAAGCAGAUCAGCACUGAGGUCCAAAUAUUCGAGCCAUUCAGUAUCCUUGGACUGGAAUAUGGAGCUUCUGACUCUGAAAUAAAGAAGGCGUAUCGGAGACUUUCCAUUCAGUAUCAUCCCGAUAAAAAUCCAGAUCCAGAGGCACACUCAUACUUUGUUGAAUUCAUCUCAAAGGCUUAUCAGGCUCUAACGGAUCCAAUAUCUAGGGAAAAUUUUGUAAAAUAUGGCCAUCCCGAUGGACGGCAGGGGCUUCAAAUGGGCAUUGCCCUCCCGCAGUUCCUUCUAAACAUUGAUGGAGCAUCUGAAGGAAUACUGUUGCUUGGAAUUGUUGGAGUCUGUAUAAUUCUGCCCUUGACAGUUUCUGUUAUAUACUUGUCUAGGUCGUCAAAGUAUACUGGAAACUAUGUCAUGCACUCAACAUUAGCCGCAUAUUACCACUUAAUGAAACCUUCUUUAGCUCCAAGCAAGGUCAUGGAUGUUUUCAUUAAGGCUUCUGAAUUCAUGGAUAUUCCUGUUCAUCGGUCUGACGAAGAACCUCUGCAGAGACUGUUUGUCUUGGUUAGAAGUGAGCUAAAUCUGGAUCUUAAGAAUAUUCGGCAAGAACAGGCCAAGUUUUGGAAGCAGCAUCCUGCUUUAGUAAAGACUGAAUUGUUGCUUCAAACCCAAUUGACACGUGAGACGGCAGCCCUGUCUCCAACUUUACAGCAUGAUUUCAGACGUGUGCUUGAACUUGCACCUCGGCUUCUGGAAGAAUUGAUGAAGAUGGCUAUUAUUCCACGUCCUCCAGUGGGGCAUGGAUGGCUAAGACCUGCAAUAGGAGUGGUGGAACUGUCUCAGAGUAUUGUUCAGGCAGUACCUCUCAGUGCAAGGAAGGCAGCAGGUGCAUCCAGUGAAGGGUAUGCACCAUUUUUGCAGCUGCCACACUUUAGCGAGGCUGUUGUUAAAAAGAUAGCGAGAAAGAAAGUUCGUACAUUUCAAGACUUCCGUGACAUGACACCGGAUGAACGUGCUGAUCUGCUGACUCAAGUUGCUGGGUUCUCCAAUGGUGAAUCCCACGAUGUGGAGAUGGUUCUUGAAAUGAUGCCUUCCGUGACAAUUGAUAUCACAUGUGAGACUGAAGGUGAGGAGGGAAUUCAAGAGGGUGACAUUGUUACCAUGCAUACUUGGGUCACUCUUAACCGUGGUAGUGGCUUGAUACGCGCCCUUCCACAUUGUCCGUAUUUUCCUUUUGACAAAGAGGAGAAUUUCUGGCUGAUGCUUGCGGACUCCUUUUCGAAUGAUGUGUGGCUCUCCCAGAAGGUUAGUUUCAUGGAUGAAGCUACAUCGAUAAUUGCUGUAUCGAAAACGAUUCAGGAGUCAAAGGAAGGGUCUGGUGCAAGUGCAAGGGAAAUAAAUGUUGCCGUUAAAGAAGCAAUUGAGAAAGUGAAAAAUGGUUCAAGACUGGUAAUGGGAAAGUUCCAAGCUCCAGCUGAAGGGAACUACAACUUGAGCUCUUUCUGCUUAUGUGACUCUUGGAUUGGUUGUGAUGCAAAGUCGAAUAUAAAGUUAAAGGUUAUGAAACGUAGCAGAGCUGGAACGAGAGGUGGUUUCGCAGCAGAUGAGACUCCUGCCAUGGAGGAUGGAAUUGAGGAGGACGAGGAAGAAGAAGAAGAAGAUUUCGAUGAUUAUGAAAGUGAAUACAGCGAAGAUGAAGAAGAUACAAAGAGUAAAGGAGCUGUUGCCAACGGCUCUGCCCAUAACAAGGGCAACAGUUCAGGCUCUGAUGAAUCUGGUUCAGAAGCCGACUAACUUCCUUUCUUGGCUAGUUGUUUGUUCUCCCAAUUUCCCCGUUCACAUGAUGUUCCAAUUUCCAGGGGAGAAGAGAAGACGAAACCAGUGAGAAAACAUCCUCUCACUCCAAAUGUUUGGGGAGCUCUGGGGUCGUGGAGAGGCAGGUAAGAAAAGAGUAUUUAAUAGUUUUUUUGCUUCUUUCCUUUUACAUACUUUGGACCGUCUUUCUACCGUUGAUAUACUUAGAACAGUUAAUACUGUAAUUUGACAUGAAUAAUAGCAUUGUACUCUUUAUAGAGCUUAAAUUAGUCCUUUUUGGUCCGACUAUAGAGGUUCUUGUCGUUAUGACAUUCA